AUGCGAUUCCAAAAGCCCCUUUCCUCCACGCUGCUCGGGCUGACUGCCGUCGUCGACAUCAGCUUGGCUGUCAAAGUCAACCCCCUGCCCGCGCCUCGGGAGAUUUCUUGGGGCACCACCGGUCCAAAAUGCGUCGAGCAUCUCAGCUACCGCGCAAAAUCCAACCACCGGCCCGGUGACAAUUCCAAGGUUGUCGCCGACGCAUGGAAGCGCGCCUACGAGGCUAUCGCCACCUUGCGAUGGGUGCCCCAGGCCAUCGAGUCCCCAAUCAGCAAGUAUAAGCCGUUCCCAACUUCGGGCAGCAGCAACAAUUUCCAGCGGGACGCAAAAACCGCCGGCCACAGCAGUUGCUUGACGACAGUCAACGUCCAGGUCUCAGACUGGUCCGCCGAUCUGCAGCAUGGUGUUGACGAGAGCUACACGCUCACCAUCUCCCCCUCGUCCUCGACCGUCGAGAUCACGGCCAAGACAGCUUGGGGUGCCAUCCAUGCCUUUACGACCCUACAACAAAUUGUCAUUUCCGACGGCUGCGGUAAACUAAUCGUCGAGCAGCCCGUCACCGUCGAGGACUACCCCAUAUACCCCUACCGAGGUGUUUUGAUCGAUACUGCGCGUAACUUCAUCUCCGUCGACAAGAUCAAGGAGCAGAUUGACGGUCUCGGUCUAUCCAAGAUGAACAUCUUGCACUGGCAUAUCACCGAUUCCCAAUCUUGGCCAAUCCAGGUCCUAGCCUACCCUCAGCUCACCAGGGAUGCUUACUCUCCUCGGGAAAUCUACUCUCCCCAGGAUGUGCAAACCAUUUUAGACUACGCCCGUGCUCGGGCCGUUCGCGUCAUCCCAGAGAUUGACAUGCCCGGCCACUCUGCCUCGGGCUGGCAGCAAAUCAACAAAGAUAUCGUGACGUGCCAGGACAGUUGGUGGUCCAACGACGACUGGCCUCUACAUACUGCUGUCGAGCCUAACCCUGGCCAGCUAGACAUUCUCAACCCAAAGACCUACGACGCCGUCAGUACGGUAUACGCUGAGCUUUCGGCCCGUUUCUCGGACAACUUCUUCCACGUUGGUGGUGACGAGCUCCAGACCAGGUGCUUUAAUUACAGCAGGCUCAUCCGGGACUGGUUUGCCCAGGACCCUUCGCGUACUUACUUUGAUCUGAACCAGUUCUGGCUUGACCACUCGUUGCCUAUCUUCACCUCGGAUAAGAUCACCGGCAAAACGGACCGCCGCCUUAUUAUGUGGGAGGACGUUGUCCUCUCUGCUGAUGCCCACGCUACCAACGUCCCCAAGAACAUCAUUAUGCAGUCGUGGAACAAUGGUCUUCACAACAUCAAGAAGCUUACCAGCUCCGGAUUUGACGUCAUCAUCUCAAGUGCGGACUUCAUGUACCUUGACUGCGGCUACGGCGGCUGGGUAACCAACGACCCCCGCUACGACAUGCAGGAGAACCCGGACCCGACGGGUGCGACGACGUCCUUCAACUACGGCGGCAACGGCGGCUCGUGGUGCGCGCCGUACAAGACUUGGCAGCGCAUCUACGACUAUGAUUUCACACUCAACCUUACCAGGAACGAGGCCAAGCAUGUUAUUGGCGCCACCGCCCCGCUGUGGUCGGAGCAGGUUGAUGAUACCAUUAUCAGUGGCAAGAUGUGGCCUAGGGCUGCGGCUCUCGCCGAGCUGACCUGGUCGGGCAACAGGGACCCGGAGACGGGCAAGAAGAGAACCACCACCUUCACCCAGAGAAUUCUCAAUUUCAGGGAGUACCUGGUUGCCAACGGCAUCGGCGCGACUGCCCUAGUGCCCAAGUACUGCCUGCAGCACCCGCAUGCUUGCGACUUGCACUAUAAUCAGAGCGCAGUGCAAUGA